AUGCAGCAGCCGCAGCAGCAGCAGCAGCAGCAGCAGCAGCAGCAGCAGCAGCAGCAGGAAGGUGACACUGUGGAUACAACAGGGUACCAGCAGCAUCAACUGGAGCAACCGGCAGGCGACGUUGAUGCGCAGAGCCUGGAGCAGCAGGCCUACGAGGCGCGGGCAGUCCUAUUGUCAGAGCCAAGCAACCAGGCCUCUGCAGAUGCGCCUGAACAAAGCACGCACUUUGACGCAGCGCCGCCGCUGCCGCCGCCAGAGCAGCAGCAGCAGCAGCAGCAGCAGCAGCAGCAGCAGCAGCAGCAGCAGCAGCAGCAGCAGCAGCAGCAGCAGCAGCAGCAGCAGCGGGGGGGCGUGCGUGACGGCUGCAAAACGAGCGAGCUCAAGACAGCCGAUGCAGGCGUGCAGCACGACUCUGGCGAUUCAGAUGCAGCAGUGGGGGCCGCCGCGGCGGCCGCGCUCGCGAGCCUGGGAAAGAGGCAGCAGGGCAAGACCGCGUGCUGCGCCGCAGCAGCAACGCUGUGCGGGCCAGGCGAGCAGCCUUUGGGGGCUUGCAGCGGCAACGACGACAGCGCCCGCGAGCUCUCGCAGCUCAUCCUGUCUACGCUGGCAGGCUGCGGCGGCAGGAUCGAGCCUGACGGCUGCGGCUGCGACGGCACGGCCGAGGAGGGCGGCUGGGGCGCGGACGCGGCAAUGUGGGAUGGUGACAGCGUAGCAGCAGCGGCGGCGGCGGCGGCGGCGGCGGCGGCGGCAGAGGCGGCUGCGGGGUGCGAUCGCCCGGCGUCUACCCAGGUGCAGGGGCCGCCAUCCUUUGUGUCAGUCACAGACGUCUACCCAGCUAGGCCCUGGGAAUACGAGGUCAAGGGAGACAUGGUUGCUGAGCUCCAGGCGACCAACUUGGUCGCCAUGGGCGACGACGACGGCUCUGACGACUGCCCUGGCUGCUGCUUCACCGCGUGCCCGCACCACAUGCGGCUGCCGUGCCACGAGGUUCACCAGCAGCCGCGCAGCAAGCAGCCCUGGCAGCAGCAGCAGCAGCAGCAGCAGCAGCAGCAGCAGCAGCAGCAGCAGCAAAAGUGGCGCGACCCCCAUGUGCCGGUGCAGGUGGAGGCGGGCGUGGUCUUGUCGCCGCCGCCGGCGCCUCUGCAGUGUCAUGGGCAGGCGGCGGCCGGCCCACAGCAAGUGGAGCUUCAGGGCGCACAGGAUCUGGAGCGCGCCCUGGAAGGCGCUGCGGCCGCCCGCGAGGCGGCGCGCGCGGCUGUGGAUCGCCGUGAGCAGCGCGGCGCUGCGCUGAGGGGUGAGCUGGCGGAGUUGGCGCGCAUGCUGGCUGAGGCGGAUUCGCUUGCGGCGGCGCUGCAGGAAGAGUCGGCUGAGCAGGAGCAGAUCGUGGCGCGGAUGCUGGAGGCGUGA